AUGAAACUACUUUGGACUCUCGUGUUGGUAUCUCAAUUGGUAUCCAGUACCUCUGCUACAUCAUCAUCUUCAACAUCAUCAGCUGCUUCCGAUGAAAAGGAGCGCAACCAUCUUCGACGACAACGAAAGACUCAAGUCAUUGAAGACGAGGUAACUGCUUCCGUACAAGCAGACGGUCGCCGAAGAAUCGUUCUGCACUGUCAGCCCAACAAGGUGCAUCAAGUCUGCCUGAAUCGUCUCAAGGAAUUUGAAGACGGCCGUCUCGAGAUCAUUCAUAAGCUACACGAAUCUCAAGCCUGGGCUGUGUCGAUUGGGGAAUCUGAUGAAGCCACCAUCAAGGCUUUGGAAGAAGGAGACUUUUUUGACAUUGAAUCAGAUGUCAUUCGCAGACCCAUGUACAUUCCGGAAUCCUUGCAAAUUGAAACAGGCAGAAACCUGCAAUUCUGGAACCGACAAGAUGUUCCCUAUGGUAUUGAAAUGGUCAAGGCCCAACAAGCUUGGGAAAAGUUCAACACCAAAGGUGCUGGAGUCAAGGUCUGUGUGGUGGAUACUGGUAUCCUAGGAAGUCACGAAGACUUCAACACCAACAAACUCAGUGGAUAUUCGGGACGGGAAGCAGUCACCCCAUGGGAUCGUGAUGGCAACGGUCAUGGUACUCAUGUGAGUGGUACCAUUGCCGCUGCGGAUAAUGACAGUGGAGUCGUCGGUGUGGCACCCGAUGCCGAGAUUUACACCGUCCGAAUCUUUGACAAUCGUGGUGAUUUCUUUGGGUCCGACGUGGUGGCAGCUGCCGAAGCUUGCCGUGACGCGGGCGCUCAAAUCAUUUCCAUGAGUCUUGGAGGACCAUCCUACCAAGGUGAUGAGAAGCGCAUCUUUGAUGCUCUCUUUGAUCAAGGCAUCCUUCCAAUUGCUGCUGCUGGAAAUGAUGGAGACGAUGACUACAGUUUCCCUGCCUCCUAUGCUCGGGUCAUGAGUGUGGCUGCUGUCAACUCGAACCGAAACCAUGCUUCCUUUUCUCAGUACAAUGACCGUGUCGAUAUUGCUGCUCCUGGCGUCAAUGUUCGAUCCUGCUGGAACAAUGGAAGAUAUUCUUCCAUCAGUGGAACCUCCAUGGCUACUCCCCACGUUUCGGGAGUGGCUGCUCUCAUGAAGUCUUACAAGCCCAAUGCUACUCCUCAGGAGCUCUUCAAUGCCAUGAUCAACACUGCCGUGAAUCCCAACACCAAUGGCCGUGAUGAUAAAUAUGGUCAUGGUAUCAUCAAUGCAGUAGCUGCCAUGGAUGCCUUGGAUGGCAAUACGCCGGAUGCACCUACUUCACCACCACAGAACUGUCCACAAGGCAAAAUCAACUUUCAGUUCACUCUCCGAACCGACGAUUAUGGAUAUGAAACAUCUUGGGAACUAAAGGAUGUGUCCAAUGGAAGAGUUGUCGAGUCUCGAGCCGAAGGAAGCUUGGGCAACAACGCCAACGAUGAUCUCCAGGUUUGUUUGAAUGGAAACGCUUGCUACACACUUACCAUCCAAGAUUCCUACGGAGAUGGUUUGUGCUGUGGUCAAGGUAAUCCUGGUUAUGACAUUGUGGCAGAUGGCCAAGUCCUUCAGCAAAAUCAAGAGUUUUUGUCAUCCGUCGUUACUAUUCCAGGCAUUGGAAAUUGCGAUGGUGUCAAUUUGCCUCCUACCGGCCCACCCGUCAGCUCGCCCACCAAUCCUCCAGUGUCCAACCCAACCAACCCACCUGUGUCUCCACCAACUCAGCCUCCAGUUCCAUCACCAACCUCGCCACCAGAAAAUGAAGAAUGUUGCUUCUUGUUUUGGUGCUGGAGUUGCUAG